UCAAACUGAUAGGUGGUGAAGAUCAUUGUUCCGGGAGAGUUGAGGUGCUCCACAACCAGACAUGGGGAACCGUGUGUGAUGACAGCUGGAAUCUGAACAGUGCCCAAGUUGUGUGCAGGGAGCUUGACUGUGGAGAAGCAUUGGCAAUUCCAGGAGGAGCUCACUUUGGAGCAGGAUAUGGCCCCAUCUGGCUAUUUGAUGCUGGAUGUCAAGGAAAUGAAAUGUCCUUUAGCCGUUGCGGCUUGAAUGCUCGGGAAAAACACAGUUGCACACAUGAAGAAGAUGCCAGUGUCAUUUGUGCAACAACCAGAUUGGUGAAUGGUCCAAAUCGUUGCUCUGGGAGAGUCGAAGUGCUAUUCCUUUUGGAGUGGGGAACAGUGUGUGAUGAUGAAUGGGACCUGAGGGAUGCUCAAGUUGUGUGCAGAGAACUCGGCUGUGGAGAAGCUGUGUCAGCCCCAGGAGAAGCCCACUUUGGAAAAGGAAAUGUUACAACAUGGAUGAAUAAAGUUGGAUGCCAGGGGACAGAAGUUGCCCUUCGCUACUGCAAGAAAGCUAUACACGAAUUGCAUGAGUGUCGUCAUGAAGAAGAUGCUGGUGUUGUGUGCUCAGAUCUCCGUUUAAUGGAUGGAACAAGUCCCUGCUCUGGAAGGGUUGAAGUCUUUCACAAUGAGACAUGGGGGACCAUUUGUGAUGCUGGCUGGGAUUUACAAGAUGCCCAAGUGGUCUGCAGGCAGCUGGGCUGUGGCAAUGCCUCCAAAGCAUUGGGCGGAGCACACUAUGGCCAAGGAUCGGGGCCCAUUUGGCUGGAGAACAUCAACUGUACAGGAGAAGAAGCAUCCCUGAAGGAGUGCCAGAAGGGAAGCUGGAGAAAGCACAGUUGCACCCACAGCCAGGAUGCCAGCGUGGAGUGUUCUGUCUUUCCUGUUGACUCCUCUCUUGAAACCAGUAUUCACCUGGGAGUGGCUGCCUUGGUCUUCCUUGCCUUGGUGGUUAUUGUGGCGGAGGCUGGAUGCAGGAGAAGGAGGAAGACCAUCAGGAGGAGGAGGAGGAGGAGGAGGAGAGGGAGAAGAGAGCAGCAACCUUAAACAGUCCUCUUAACUGGCCAGUUCCAGUAAUCGAGAUCCAUCUGCAAGUCCUGUGGAGUCAGUCAGAAGGAAUUUCAUGUGAAGUCAAAGUUCAUAGAAAUGUACCAACUCUGGAUCUGGGUGUGAAAUAUAUAGCUAUCAUAUUAUAACAAUGCAGGCACUUCCUUA